AUGAGAGAUGGCCACAAGAUCACGGUCAGAAUCCACAGCCCCGAGAAGGCGCCUGCUGGGGGCAGUCCGUUGGCCGUCAUGUAUCACGGCGGAGGCUGGUGUAUUGGAGGUCUGGACGAUGAGCAGCCUCUCAUUGGAAGACUGGUGACUGAUUUUGGAUUGACGGCUGUCAAUGUCGAUUAUCGCAUGGGGCCGGAGUUUACAUAUCCUGCGGCUCAUGACGAUUGCUAUGAUGCGACGAAAUGGGUAUGUUCAACGAUUUUGUGGAACGCCAGCGCCCUCGGCGCCGACCCAUCCAAAGGCUUCAUAAUCGGCGGCACAUCUGCUGGAGGAAACCUCGCAGCCGUAGUCUCCCACCAAUGGCUCGAUGACAAAUUGACGCCCAAGAUCACUGGGUGUCUCCUCAAGAUCCCGGCUGUGCUCAAUUCCUCCGCGUAUCCUGAGAAGUAUCGCAAGGACCUGCAGUCGUGGGACCAGCUCGAGUUCGCCGCGAUCCUCUCCCGCAAGGCCUGCGAUCUGCUCAUGAAUAACUACGUGCCCAAUGAGGACGAUCGGAAAGGCCCCCUGAUGAGCCCGCUGUUGUGGAAGUCUGGGCACAAAGGCCUGCCGCCCCAGUACCUCCAGAUCUGUGGCGCUGAUCCUUUGAGGGAUGAGGCGUUGGUUUAUGACCGGGUGUUGAGGGAGGAGGGCGUUAAGACGCGGGUGGAGGUGUAUCCUGGCGUGCCGCAUGGCUUUUGGAGUCUGUUCCCGCAGAUGAAAGCGAGCCAGAAGUUCAUGGAUGAUUCUGUGAAGGCCUUUAAGUGGCUGCUGGAGCAGAAGUAG